UGGGAGCGGACGCCCAUACGAACACGCAAGCCCCCCCGUUUUCGGGUGGUGGAUGGUCCCUCUGCUGCCCUUAUAUCCCCCCUUCCUCGCUAACAGUAGAGAUCAAGCGAUUAUCGAGCUCCGUGUUCGGUCUUGUCCGUCUUUGUCGCUAUGCUCCCUGUCGCUAAUUUGCACCUCAAAGACUUGUACGAAACCACCGUUGAAUUCUUUACCCUACGCAGUCCUGCCUUCUCCUACCGCUCUGUCCCCAACGACGACCCGGAUUCUGAACCCCCCACUCCCUCGGACAUAUCCCCAGCUUCCGACCCCGUGGCAACACGCCAGAACGAGUCCGCAAAUUUACGUGUGAAGCGUACGGCUGCCAAACGUGCUCGUGGCCCCACCGCAUGCUCUUGUCGUUCCUUUACCUCAGCUGCCGCCUCAACACUCUAUACCAUGCGACGAGAACACGACCGCACGAAAUCAGAGCUAGCUCGAUCUCAGGCGGACUCAGCCAGUUUGGAGGAGAAAUGUAAGUCACUCGAGAAGACGCUGAAGGAGACAAAAGAUCUGUUGAGAGCGCGAGAUCUCGAGAUUGAAGCUCUCAAGCAGGACAAGGCAAAACUGAUCGCUGACCGCCGCUCUCUCUCGAGGCCACCCUCUAGUCUCGAUCGGAGGCGCAGCCACGAUGUCAUUCAUCACAGAUCAAACUCUUCGCAGUCUCUGUCGCAACGCAUCCGGCUUGGUCCUGAGUUGGCUGAGCACCGUGAUGGCGAUGCAGCCUCUCAAGCAGGUAGCAGUCGUCACCGAGCUAGUAGCGAUGCCGUACGUGACAAUAUAUCGACCAUCUCGGAGGAAGAACGCGCACAUACGAGAAGUAUGGAGGUUUUCCUCACAAAGACGGAUCUUUGGUCUGGGGCGCAAGUCAUCCAAGCGGUCCAGGAUCUCAACUCCGAGAUUUUGCAGUUUGCCGCAUCCGCAGUGGAGGUCUGUACGUUCACCAAGCAGCGGACCUCUCACUCAAAGAUUGGCCAAACUGUGAACGACGUCACAACGAGACUCGGGCCUUCCCUUUCUCGCAUGUUAUCUACCCAUGACCAUUCUCAAGAUCCAAUGCUUGUUCAGCUUGCUCUGCAGGGCUCCAUCGCGUUUUGUAUUUCACGGGCCCUGUCAUCAUUUUGCAUCGGGUACCAAUCCAAGGGGAACAUCACACUCACACAAAUAUAUACCCGCAUGUUCCAGUCCGAGCCGCAGCCAAUGUCUUCGCGCUGGAGAGCUCUCACACACAAACACAUCCAUGAACUCCAUCCCGAGCUUAGCAACUAUGCUGUGAACGAAAUGACGGAUACUAUUUUGCGCUGGACCCUAGACGUUUUCCUAAUUUGCGGCUGCACUAAUCCCCAACCCAACCCAACCUCUCGGGAAGCAUUCCGUACCCGCUUCCAAUCACAAGUCAAAAGGAUCUCGAAGAAUGCUUGCGCUUUAGCCCAGAUCUCACGCGAAGAGAUCAUGUCGGCGAACUUUGAGGUUGUUGGGGCGGAAAGUGGUAGAGCGUUUGAUACGCAAGAGAUGGUGGAUGUCUUCGAGGACUACGGUGCUUCUAAGGGUGCAGUGUUAUGUACCACUGAACUCGGAUUAAGAUGCUCGACACGUAAGGCUACAACGGAGACCGCUGCUAUACCGGAGGAGAAUAUCGAACGACGUCUGCUCCUUCGGCCGAAGGUCGUCUUGGACUCGGCGAUGGAUGUGAUAGACCAGCGAUGAUCAAUUUCAAUGACCUGUUACUGGACUAUUCGUACUCUUCUAAUUGCUACAGUAUCUUUCUCUUCUUUCUUCUCUCGCAAUUGUAUUUCCUCACCCAAAGACGUCCAGUCUAUCUGUACCACCUCAUCUGUUUAGUAGUAGGCUUACAUCGAGUACGGUCAAGAGGUCAAAUUGCCUUUUUUGUACAGCUAUGUACUUUUUAUUAUGAUAGGUCAAAACAUUCCUGCGGGAA